AUGUCCCAAUUCACCCUCGAUAGUACAUAUUUGAACGAUUCCAAAAAGAUCAUAAGCGAGAGGAUUAUACCCUGGGAAGGACUCGCGAGAUCUAGAGUCGUCACUGAAGAUGAUGCUAAUCAUAUAAAAAUCUUGGAAAAACAAUCCAACGACAAUAGAGAUAAUACAGUUAAGUCACAAUUGGACUUGUAUUCAAAAGUCUUGCUCAAUGUUUUGAGUAAAGUUGAUAAAGACGACGUUGUUAAAAAUGUGUUGACAUUGAUCAAUGAUUUGUUGAUUAAUGUACCUGAAUUUUUGGAUGCCCUUUUGAAAUUAUCAUCAAUUGAUAAAGGCUUACCUUUUGACCCAUUUGUCACACAUUUGGACAAGGAUCCAUUGAUCAAGUCAUUAGCAUUGUAUAAUUUGGCUAUUCUCGCUAAAGGUUCACCAGAUAAGGAAGUCGUUAUCACUACCUUUAGUGCAAUUACCCUGCUUAUUGAAAAUACCGAUUCAAAUUUCCAAUUUAUUGGUAUUCAAUUACUUCAAGAAUUGGUUUCCAAUAGAAAAUACAAGACAAUUUACCAGGAAAACAAUCUUUUGACAAACUUCAAACCAAUUAAUGCAUUGAUCACAAAGCUGUCUACUCAUCCCAAUGCAACUGGUUUGCAAUUGUCGUAUAAUGUUUUGUUGGCAACAUGGAUAUUAUCCUUCAAUGCUGAAAUCAACCGAUCAAUUAUCCACAAUUUUCCCCAAAUUGCCGGUAGUCUUUUAUUGAUUGCUAAGGAUUCAAUUAAAUUGAAGAUUGUUAGAAUUUCAGUUGCAGUGUUGAAGAAUUUUGUUAGUUGUUGUGUUUCUCCCCAAGAGCAAUUUAAAGUAGUUAAGUUGUUGUUAUUCCAUGAUGCAUUGACCACAGUGAAGACAUUGAAGGAGAGAAAAUUUGCUCAAAAUGGAAGUGAUGAGGAAUUAUGCAGUGAUCUUGCCUAUUUGUCAGACACAUUGGAAGAAACAGUAAAGACCAAAUUGACUUCAUUUGACGAGUAUCUUACUGCUUUAGAAAAUCCUAAAUUAUUGAGUUGGGCAUCGCCUAUUCAUAAAUCGAGUGAUUUUUGGUUGGAAAAUGCUGGCAAAUUCAAAGAUUCAAACUAUAAAUUGGUAAAGAGAAUUUUUGACGUCUUAAGUGCAAAUGCCAAUGACACUACAAUUUCGGUAGUAUUGUUGAAUGAUUUACAGUACUUGAUUAAAAACCUUGGACAAGAUUUGAUCCACUUUAUCAACACUGAAAAGGGAGGACUGUACAAGGUGUUGAUUAUGUCGUUUUUGGAAAACAAUCAAGGAAACAAUGAGCUUAGAUAUGAGGCAUUAAAAACAAUUCAGUUGCUUGUGGGGCAUAACUUUUGA